AUGGUUAAUCAACAAACACGCAACCGGGCUGUUGAGGGCAAGGCCCUUCUUGAUUAUAUUCUAUACGAAUUAUGCAACGCGGCAGAAUUUUACAGUGUUGACCGCACCCCUGUCGCUCAACACAUCAGUCAGAGCGGAACUGAAGAUCCGAGUAUCGUUGUUCUUGAGACUCAUACACAGGGUUGGCCGACCUUGGAGGACCUAUUCAAACGCCUGCUUGCCCUUCGACUUUUAGCGCUGCGAUUUGAGGAAUGGUUAGAGAGUAAAGGACAUUCAGAAGCAACAUAUCGCAGUGGUUGUCCCCGCCACCACGGCCAACGCGGCGCCUUCAUUCACGAUCAACAUCUUCCGUCUAAAUGCCGGCGCUGGAUUGAGUCUGGCCAGAAACUCCUCGAGAUCGAACGCAGGACUGGCGAGCCAGGAAUCUCGCUUGUGUUUAUUCUUGUAUUACCAAAAAUUCAACAUCUUUAUAGAAGUGCAGUUGAGGAGGUCAUUACUCUUCUACAACAAGAUUCCUAUCAACCGGUCAUGUUACUGGCACACGAUCUUGGUGAUGAUAUCAGACGGUACUUUUAUUUUUAUUGUUAUUCCAUAAACAAAAAAUUUACCCUGCCUUCAAAGCGAAGUGAACCCACGACAACUCAUGUAACAGAACUCCAUAGGGACACCCAAGCCCGUGUCCAGAGCUAUAUUUUCAUAAACUGCGGUGCAUAA